AUGUCCCAGAUCCUAGCCGUCUUUGGCGCUACCGGCCAGCAGGGUAGUUCAGUCAUCAACUAUGUGCUGAACGACCCGGAGCUUUCGCAAAAGUACAAGCUGCGUGCCAUCACCCGCGAUGUCGACUCAGUGAAGGCCAAGCAGCUCAAGGAGAAGGUCGAAGUCGUCCAGGGUGACGUGCUCAACCGAGCCUCCCUCGAGACAGCCUUGACCGGCGCGCACACCAUUUUCGCCAUGACAACACCUUCCUUCGGCCCCCAUGCUGUGGAAUACGAGUACAGCAAUGGCAAGAUGAUCGCUGAUGUCGCUGUUGAGAAAGGUGCGGAGUACAUCAUCUUCAGUACUCUGCCGUCGGUCACAGAUAUCUCCAGCGGCAAGUACACCAAAGUUACUGCCUUCGAUGCAAAGGCAAAAAUAGAGCAGUACAUUCGAGGCUUAUCAAUCAAGAGCGCAUUCUACUGCCCGGGAUCAUUUAUGGAGAAUUUCCAGUCCCAGACCUUCUUGGCUCCACGAGAGGCUCCCGAUGGCACCUGGGUUCUAUCCCGCAACACCUCCUCCAAGGCCCAACUGCCCUUGAUCGACGCUGUCGGGGACGGGGGAAAAUUUGUUGGCGCCAUCCUAGCCGAACCUGACAAAUACGAAGGCAAGACAUUCUGCGCCGCGACAGCCCUAUACAGCUUGGAGGAAAUAGUCGCCGUUCUAUCCAAGACCACGGGCAAAACCAUCGUCUUCAAGCAGAUCCCAGAUGAGGACUUCAAGGCGAGCUUGCCUAUCGCAGCUGACAUCUUCGCUGAGGGAUUCAGCUAUGGAGAGGAGUUCGGCUACUUCGGACCAGAUUCUAAGAAGUUGGUUACCUGGGCUGCUGAGAACGCCAGAGGCAGACUCUCUACUUUUGAAGAGUUCUUGGAGGCUCAUCCUCUUCAGCUUGCAUAA